ACGGACGGAUUGAGGAAGUGGAUUGGAUUGUGUUGUAUUGUUGCCACAGAACUCGUGUAUUGUGCUUUACACUUUGUUAUCGUCUUAUUUUUACGGCUUUAUUGUGAUGUUUUAAUUAUUUACUAUUAAAGAUAACAUUUUUUGACGAUGCCACCCAAAAAGCGCAACUCUGGUACACAGAAAGACCUCAUCAAGCCUGGUGCUGAAGGUGGAUCUCAAUCGGACAAGAAGGAAAGCCCAGUUUUAUCUUUGAAAAAACACCGGGAUAAAGACACAGAGUUUGUCAUCUUCUGUAAGAACCUUCAUGUGUCAGACCUGGUGUGUGAGCAGACCUGGAAACUUUGGAAAACUGUCCAGGAAACGGUGAAUGAAGUGUUGGAGGGCCGUGCAAAGCUGUGGGGAGCUUGUCUUUUUGUGACGAUUACAGACAUGGACACAGCAUGUUUCACCUUAACACAGCUUCUCAAGGCAGUCAAUAUGAAUGUCAAAGGGUUUCUGGGUCUGGUGAGAAAACUUGAUGUGAAUCUGGAUACUAUCAGUACAAAAGUUAAUGCAGCUGUAAUGAGACUGGAGAAGAAGUAUGAUGUGACACUGGCUCUUUAUCAGAGGUUUGAAAAAACAUGUAAGAAAAUAUUUGUUUUGGGCUCGAAUGAGGGAAACCAAGAGCUUUCACGAAACUGCUGGACCCUAUUUCUCCUGGCCAAAGGAAAAGCUUUGCAGAUGGAGGACGACUUGGUCAUAUCUUUCCAGUUGCUUCUUUGUGUAAUGGAAUAUUUUAUUAAGCGAUGUCCUGCAGACCUUGUGCAACCUCUUUACAAAUCAGUGAUCACAGUCCAGAGUCCUCCAACACGAACAUCUCGUCGAAGCCAAAACAAAGCCAAAGCGCGACCCCCUGAACCAGAGCUGGAUGUGCGGCUACUGGAGACUUUAAGCAAAGAGAAUGAAUGCAAUGCUGAAGAGGUGAAGAACGUGUAUCAGACAAGUUUCACUGCCUUCUUGGAGUCAUUGCAUCUGUUGAAAUCUAUAGAUUUACCUCAGGUUAAGAUUCUGAAUCAGCAAUAUGAAGAACACUACCUCAAAGAGAGGGACUUUGAUGCCCGACUGUUUUUGGAUGGAGACGAGACCAUUUUUGCUCCUAAAAUUGAAAUAACACAAGUAGAAAAAACGCCACAGAAGAACUUGCAGGAAGACGAUGCUGUCCGCAUUAUUCCACAAACACCAAUCAGGGCAGCAAUGACAUCUAUUCAACAACUCAGAGGUGAUCUGGUCUCCAAUGGAGAUAAGCCCUCUACAAAUCUGAAUACAUAUUUUAAAAAUUGUACUGUAGAUCCCACACAAAAUGUACUGAAACGACUAGAAACUCUUGGGCAGACCUUUAGCCAGAGAUUCAGCCAGGCUGUUGGUCCACGCUUCAUUUCUACUGGGAAACAAAGAUACACCCUUGGUGUCAGACUGUAUUAUAAAGUGAUGGAGGCAAUGCUGAAAUCGGAAGAGAAAAGACUCUCCGUGCAGAAUUUCAGUAAAUUGCUCAAUGAUUCAAAAUUUCACACAUCUCUUCUGGCCUGUGCUCUGGAGGUUGUCAUGGCGACAUAUGGAGAGAGCAGUUUUAAGUCUGGAGGAAAUGGUAGCGAGUCAUCUGAAAGUAACCUGUGCUUCCCCUGGAUCCUGGACGUCUUUGAACUUGCAGCUUUUGACUUUUACAAAGUGAUCGAGAGUUUCAUCAAAGCCGAGCCCACUCUGAGCAAAGACAUUGUCAAACACCUGGAGACCUGUGAAAACCUCAUCAUGGAGAAGAUUGCAUGGGUCAUGGGCUCCCCGCUAUUUGACCUUCUGAAGCUUGAGCAGGAGGCCGAUGCAGCAGAGACACCAGUAGAGACUCCAGCCAACCUCAACCAACCACUGCAGCACAACCACACAGCAGCUGACCUAUAUCUGUCUCCUUUGCGCCCGGGUAUUCGGGUCUUACCUCCUGAAUCCCCUGCCACCCUCAGCUCCCAGGCCCCUGCCAUUGCACUCACCCCCACUCAAGUCGCAGCUCAACCAAGUCGACACGCAAAGUCCAACUCUCUCAGUCUCUUCUACAAAAAAUUGUACCGUCUGGCCUACACCCGUCUGAAGAUGCUCUGCUCCUACCUGCUUUCUUAUCACCCUGAACUGGAGCCCAUCAUUUGGACCCUGUUCCAGCACACACUCCAGCAUGAGUAUGAGCUCAUGAGGAACCGCCAUCUUGACCAGUUGAUGAUGUCAGCCAUGUAUGCCAUCGCCAAAGUGAAAAGUGUAGAUUUGCGUUUCAAGACUAUUGUUACAGCAUACAAGAACAUGCCAAACACCAAGCAAGAGACCUUCAAGCAAGUGCUGAUCUCUGAAGGAAACUACGACUCCAUCAUUGUCUUCUACAACCAGGUCUUUAUGCAGAGGCUCAAAACAAACAUCCUACAGUAUGCAUCCCCCAGGCCUCCAACUCUUUCUCCAAUCCCACAAAUCCCUCGUAGUCCAUACCAUUUCCCAAACUCUCCUCUCCGAGUCCCGGGAAGCAACAACGUGUACAUCUCCCCACUAAAGAGCACGCGCAUGUCUCCUGGCAUCAUGACGCCACGCUCCAGAAUGCUGGUAUCCAUUGGUGAAUCGUUUGGGUUGUCAAACCGCUUCCAAAAGAUAAACCAAAUGGUGAACAGCAGUGAUCGCUCUUACAAAAGGACUCUGGAUCUCGGACCUAGUCUUAAACCUUUGAAGAGGCUCCGCUUCGAUGUUGAUGGUCAAGAUGAAGCUGAUGGCAGCAAAUCUAGUGGAGACUCCACCCUGAUUCAGAAACUUGCAGAGAUGAGCUCCACCCGAAGCCGAAUGCAGGAGCAGAAGAUGAAGGAGGAUGCUGAAUCAAAAAAAGACUAACCUGUCUGACACAUGCACAACUAGACUUUGGUUCAUAUUUAAUUUUAGGAGUUAAAUUUUCAGUUUUAAAGUGAUCUGCAUGUGGGAGUGACAAUGAUCAUAUUUCAUAAUAGUGUUAUAAAACAAUGACAAAGGAAUGUUCAUUGAGAAUCAUGUCAUGUUCAUUUGUCAUUUUGAAUUUUCUUAGAUGUUUAAAACAUAUUUUAAAUUAUAUGCUAAAAUUGUGUUAAUUCACUAAAAUAGUUGGCUUAAAAAUCUAGCGCCUGGAAAAAAUAACAAUUACAAACAAUCUGUUCAAGUCCAUGGCACUCUUAGGCCACUUUGAUUAUUUUUACAAUAAUAAUAAUACUAACUUUUCCUAAUGUCAUCUUCACAUGUGCAUUAGCUGAUGUCUUGAGGCUGUUGAGCCUAUUGUGUGAACUGUACUGACGACAGGAAGUACUGAUAAUAGCUGUCACAAGGGGUGGUAUAUAAUUAUCUGGACACAUCUUCAGAUACAGUGCUAAAUAAUGAAACAAUUAUUUUGAUUUUAAUGUGUUUAUAUUGUACUUUUGAGUAGCUUUUAAAUGUAGUAUUUUUGAAUUAGGGAUUUUGUUAUUUCACAAAAGAGAUCACUACUUAGACAGUAUUUUAUGACUUGUUUUGCAAACAAGUACAUUUUUGUGCCAUAUGAAACAGAAUUCCACUCAACCACUGUUCCUCAAUACCUAUCACAGUUUUGUGUGCAUUAUUUCCUGAUUAUUUUGUUAUAUGUUGGAUUUAAUAUAAAACUCCGUUACAUUACU